GGCCGGAGGGCCUGGUCUGUGUCCCGGGGCCGCCGCGGACGCCUCUUCUUUUUUUUCUGCCCGCCCCCCCUCACCUCAGACACCGCUCGGGACAGGAGACGGCGGCGUCGCCUCCACGCUCCCGCGCGCUGCAGCAGUUACCUCACGGCUGCAGCCUGGUCCGUUGGGCGCGCGAGCGGGCGCUCCUCCCCCCCGCGGCGGCUGCCCCUGCCGGGAGCGCGCCCCGCCGGCGGCCCCCCGCGCGCGCUCCCGUGACUCGGCCGGUCGCCACUCGGGCGGCCGCCGCCCCCGUCAGGAUGCGCAUCCGGGACCCCGCGGGUGAGCGCGCGCCCGCGGCCCGGCUGGUCGCUCCUGGGAGCCCGCUCCCUCAGCCCCUCCCUCGCGUCAGGCUGACUGACUCGGACCCCUCGGGUAGCGCGCGCGCGCGCGGGGCCACCGAGAGUGGGACCGCUGCGCUUGGAACCCCUCCGCCCGGACUGACACAGAGCGACGUGCUCUUGGGCAGAUGGGAGGGACUGGCCGUAGUCCUGAGACACCCCACCACCACCAAGCCCAGUCACAGGCGAUUCAAAUGUGGGACUGCGUUUGCUCUGAGAGUAGCACAUUGGCUUUCUCUGAGCCAAGCCUUCAUUCACAUAGCAAGGCAGACUCUGAGAAGACAGCCUAACUCCACAGGAUCUUUGGAAGCAAUGAUUUUCAAAAGCGCUGUGUGCCUUCUCAUACCUCAUCACCAUCAGGGAAGCCAUUGUCUGGCACUCACAGGAAGACUCGGCCAGAGCUCUGAGAAGUUUGCCAGGGGUAAAGGUGACCCAAUAAGGGAAGGAAAUGAUCUCUCUCGAAAAGCAGUCAAUUACCUCCAACAGUUGCCAGCAAACUGGAAAUUUCGCAACCAGUAUGACAAUGAUGUCACUGUUUGGAGCCCUCAGGGCCGGAUUCAUCAAAUUGAAUAUGCAAUGGAAGCUGUUAAACAAGGUUCAGCCACAGUUGGUCUAAAGUCAAAAACACAUGCAGUGUUGGUUGCAUUGAAGAGGGCACAGUCAGAACUUGCAGCUCACCAGAAGAAAAUUCUCCAUGUUGACAACCAUAUUGGUAUCUCAAUUGCGGGUCUGACUGCUGAUGCUAGACUGUUAUGUAAUUUUAUGCGCCAGGAGUGUUUGGAUUCCAGAUUUGUAUUUGACAGACCACUUCCUGUGUCUCGCCUUGUGUCUCUGAUUGGAAGCAAGACCCAGAUCCCAACACAGCGGUAUGGCCGGAGACCAUAUGGUGUUGGGCUGCUUAUUGCUGGUUAUGAUGACAUGGGCCCUCACAUUUUCCAAACCUGUCCAUCUGCUAACUAUUUUGACUGCAGAGCUAUGUCUAUUGGAGCCCGUUCUCAAUCCGCCCGGACUUACCUGGAGAGACAUAUGUCUGAAUUUAUGGAGUGCAAUAUGGAUGAGCUGGUUAAGCAUGGUCUGCGUGCCUUAAGAGAAACACUCCCUGCAGAGCAGGACCUGACCACAAAGAAUGUUUCCAUUGGAAUUGUUGGUAAAGACUUGGAGUUUACAAUCUAUGAUGAUGAUGAUGUGUCGCCAUUCCUGGAUGGUCUUGAAGAAAGACCACAGAGAAAAGCACAGCCUUCACAGGCUGCUGAUGAACCUGCAGAAAAAGCUGAUGAACCAAUGGAACAUUAAAUGAUAAAGGAUAUAAGGAUAUGAGGAUGCAGAGACAUACAAUGGUGACAAUAAUCUGUACUUAGAACCAACAGCUGCAGAGUAUGGGGUGGUAUGUUUUAGGAAUCAGUCCAGAUGUGAGUUUUCUCCAAGCAACUUCACAGAAACCAUAUAAUGGGUGCAUUUUCUUUGAAAGGGUCUACAUAAUCAUUUUCUAGAACGUAUAGGUAUCUAUACUAAUGUUUUUAUAUGAAGAAAAUAGUGUCUUUGCAGUUUUAAAGACAACUGUGAAAUAAAAUUGUUUCACCUCC